AUGAACAUCGAGCUCCUUAAAGCCAUUAUCGAAAGUGAAACCACCAUCCCACCAUCCGCUCAACAGCUCGUCUACAAUAACCAGCUCCUUCAAAACCCUGCUCAGACCCUUGACCAAGUCGGGAUUGGCGAAGGUGACAUGCUAGGCGUUCAUGUUGUCCAACGCACUGCCCCCCCAACUACCUCCCCGACCACCGACGUCAACAGCCCCCGGACCUAG